AUGUACGCCAAGUUGAUUGUCGCUCUUUGCGCUUUGGGCGUAGCCCACGGUAGUGGAUUGUUGGCAGCUGCACCAGUUGCCUACAGCAGCCACAGCAUCGCUGCACCAGUUGCCUACAGCAGCCACGCAUAUGCUGCACCGGCCGUUGUCUCUCGGACUAUCACCCCAGCCGUAUCCUCCGUAUCCUCAUACUCUAGCCAGACUGCUCACGCCGCACCUGUCGCAUACGCUGCUGCCCCAGUAGUGGCCCGCGCAUACGCUGCUCCCGCGUACUCCACCUACGCCGCCGCUCCAGUCGCUGUUGCCCGGACAAUCGCCCCCGCUGCCACUUCCUACUCGUCUUACUCCACCCAAACUGCUCACGGAUCUCCCGUAGCUACCUACGCCGCUGCCGCCCCCGCUGUCGCUAUCCACGCUGCCCCAGCUGUGGCUGUCCACUCCGCCCCAGCAGUAGCUGUCCACGCUGCUCCCGCUGUUGCCGUCAGCCGGACCAUUGCUCCAGCCACCACUUCUUACUCAUCGUACUCUACCCAGACCGCCCACGGCGCUAGGGCCUACGUCGCCGCUGCUCCCGCUAUUGCGUCUUACGCUAGGACCUACGCUGCCCCAGCUAUCGCAUCCUACGCCGCCCCAGCAUACUCCACCUAUGCCGCUGCUGCUCCAGCAUACUCCACCUACGCCGCUGCUGCUCCCGUCUACUCUACCUACGCGGCUGCCGCUCCCGUGGUCAGAUCAUCUCUGGCGUACUCUGCCGCUCCCGCGGUCUCCCACAUCGCUUACAACGCCCACGGCGCCAACUACGCUUGGUAA